AUUAAUUUGUGCUUGUGGACUCUUAUUUUGAAAUUGACCGGAUAUUGUCGUUUGUACUGAGUCUGAAUCAGUCUCCAGACGCGUAACGUUAGUUUGUGGAAAACACUUCUUUGAUUCCGUGUUUUUAUUAACUGUUCUCGACGCGGUCGUCGGUCUGAGUUUAAUUGACCUCAUCUGACAUUAAUCUGUCAGCCAAAGCAUGGCAGACCCGGCCCGUGUGAAACCCAACGCGGGGUUCAGCGGGGCGAGCAUGCCUGCAGAGAGACCCAAACAGGGCGAGGGGUCCAGGGACGCUCCGGGGAGCAGCGGUAAAGCCUCUGAACCCGCUGCUGUCCAGACAGCGACCAAAGAGGAGGGCAAAGCGAGGUCUGCUGAAGAUGCUGCUGGUGAAGAAGAGGAGGAGGGAUCUUCAUCUCUUCAUCCUCCCGCUAAAAAACUGAAAGUGGAGCAUGACAAGAAGAAGGAGAAACGCAAUAUAAAAGUCGAUGAAGAUGAAAUACAAAAGAUGCAAGUUUUAGUAUCCUCGUUCUCUGAAGAGCAGCUGAAUCGCUAUGAGAUGUACAGACGCGCUGCUUUUCCAAAGGCAGCUAUUAAAAGACUGAUUCAAUCCAUCACAGGAUCUUCUGUCUCUCAAAAUGUGGUCAUCGCCAUGUCAGGAAUUGCGAAGGUGUUUGCUGGGGAGAUUGUUGAGGAAGCUCUCGAUGUGUGUGAGAAGUGGGGAGAUACGCCACCUCUGCAGCCCAAACACAUGAGAGAAGCCGUCAGGAGAUUGAAGAGCCGAGAGCAAGUUCCCAACACCAAACACAAAACAAUCCUCUUCCACUGAGCUCUGACUCUCUUCCUACUUGAAAAGACUCUCUAUUAGUAUUUUUAUGGGGGAAAUGGACCCAACCAUGCAUCUUUUUCAGAUAUCUGAUGUGUUUGGAAUGCAGUGUUGUUAUCUUCUUUGUUUGGUAUAAAGUAGAGGAUGAUAAGACUUUUAGGAUCAUAAAUAUUGUACAAUUCCUAGCUGUCACUCAAAAGUAAGUAUGCCAUUUGAAAUGUCUGUUGACUCAUUUUUUUUUUACUCAUUUUGUAAUAUUUGUUUUAUUUUGAGAACUACAUAUAUGUGCAGUCAUGUUUUGUGUAUGGAAAUAAUAUAAAAAUGUAAUCUUUGGAGUUGAGGGAGAACAAAAUAGAAAAAAAUAAAUAUUUUGAUGAAACCCACA